AUGCCCGACCCUUCAUCCGUGGCAGGGCCUUCGACCCCAAAGUCGAAGAAGAAGAACAACAAGAAGCGCGCCGCCGAGAGCGGUGCUUCCGCGUCCAAGCGUGACCGCAAGGCACCCAGGAUCGACGAUGACGAUGCCGAGGUCUCCAAAGAGUCUUCCGUUGACCCCAUGGCCGCGCUCGAUGCCGCGCUCGAGAAGGCUCCUACAGCCGAUGGCGAGGUCGAGGAGGCUACCGACGCUCACAUCCCUGGUGCUGCUCCCGUGAGGGCUGACGAGUAUGAGCUCGAGGCCGAGCGCGAGGUCGAGGCCAGCAAGGGUCUCGGCGGCGAUGCUGUUGAGGAGGGCAAGAUGAAGCUGGUUCACCAGGUUCGCCACCAGGUCGCUGUUCCCCCCAAUUAUCCUUACAUCCCCAUCGCGCAGCACAAGCGCAACGACCCUCCCGCGAGGGAAUACAAGUUCGAGCUCGACCCUUUCCAGCACGUCUCGACCUCAUGUAUUGAGCGUAACGAGAGUGUUCUCGUCUCUGCGCACACUUCGGCCGGUAAGACCGUUAUUGCCGAGUACGCUAUCGCCACCUGUCUGAAAGAGGGCAAGCGUGUCGUGUACACCUCCCCCAUCAAGAAGUACCGCGAGUUCCUCGAGACUUUUUCGGACGUCGGUCUUAUGACGGGUGAUGUCACCAUCAACCCUACCGCGUCGUGUCUGGUCAUGACCACUGAGAUUCUGCGUUCGAUGCUGUACCGCGGUUCCGAGGUCAUGCGCGAGGUUGCCUGGGUCAUUUUCGACGAGGUCCACUACAUGCGUGACAAGGAGCGUGGUGUCGUGUGGGAAGAGACCAUCAUCUUGCUCCCUCACAAGGUCCGCUACGUCUUCCUCUCGGCCACCAUCCCCAACUCUAUGGAGUUUGCCGAAUGGAUCUGUCAGACGCACGAACAACCGUGUCACGUCGUGUAUACCGAUUUCCGUCCCACACCGCUACAGCACUACCUCUUCCCCGCCGGCUCCGAAGGGAUCUACCUCGUCGUCGACGAGCGCGCCAACUUCCGCGAGGACAACUUCCAAAAGGCCAUGGCCGCGCUCGCUGCUGGCCAGGGCGAAGACUCUGGUUCUGCCGACGCUGGCAAGGGCCGCAAGGGCGGCAAGACCCGCAAGGGUGGCGCGAUGAAGGGCGGCGUUUCCGACAUUUACAAGAUUGUCAAGCUCAUCAUGAACCGCAACCUCAACCCCGUCAUCAUCUUCGCCUUUUCGAAGCGCGAGUGUGAGAACCUGGCCAUGCAAAUGUCCAAGCUCGACUUCAACACCGAGGACGAGGCCGCCACCGUCCAGCAGGUGUUUGAGAGCGCUAUCGGCGCUCUGUCCGAGGAGGACCGCAAGCUCCCCCAGAUUGAGCAUCUCUUGCCCCUCCUCAAGCGCGGUAUCGGAAUCCAUCACGGUGGUCUCCUUCCCAUCCUCAAGGAGGUUAUUGAGAUUCUCUUCCAGGAGGGUCUCAUCAAGGCUCUCUUCGCCACCGAGACCUUCUCCAUCGGUCUUAACAUGCCUGCCAAGACUGUCGUCUUCACCUCGGUCCGCAAGUUUGACGGCAAGGACUUCCGUAACCUCUCUGGUGGCGAGUACAUCCAGAUGUCGGGUCGUGCCGGUCGUCGUGGUCUCGACGCGCGUGGUAUCGUCAUCAUGAUGUGCGACGAGAAGAUUGAGCCCGACGCGGCCAAGGGCAUGGUCAAGGGCCAGGCCGACCGCCUCGACUCGGCCUUCCACCUCGGCUACAACAUGAUCAUCAACCUCAUGCGCGUUGAGGGUAUCUCCCCCGAGUACAUGCUCGAGCGCUGCUUCUACCAGUUCCAGAACGCGCUCAGCGUUCCCGUUCUUGAGAAGCAGCUGAAGGCCGCCGAGGUGGAGCGCGACUCUAUCACCAUCGAGGGUGAGGACGACAUUGCCGAGUACUACGAGCUCCGUGACCAGCUCCAGCAGCUCGAGUCUGACUUCAAGUCGGUCAUCACCCACCCCACCUAUGUCCUUCCGUUCCUCCAGCCCGGCCGCAUGGUCGAGGUCCGUGACGGUGACCGCGACUUUGGAUGGGCUGUCGUUGUUGCCUACAACAAGGUCCAGAACCAGAGGGGCAAGCCUCCCCUCGUCACCGAGAACGACCCCCCUCAGAAGGGUUACGUUGUCGAUGUCCUGGUCAAGGUCGCCUCGGGAUCCCAGGUGCCUCGUGACCGCUCGUCUGCCGGUAUCAUGCCCCCUGGUCCCGGCGACAAUGGCGAGGUUGCCAUCAUUGGUGUCUUGCUCUCGACUGUCCAGUCCGUUGCCCACCUCCGUCUCCACCUGCCCAAGGACCUCCGCUCCCAGUCGGAGAAGAACACUGCCUUCAAGGCCGUGUCCGAGGUCAAGAAGCGCUUCCCUAAGGGCAUCACCCUCCUCGACCCCGUCCAGAACAUGGGUAUCAAGGACGACUCGUUCAAGAAGCUCGUCAAGAAGAUUUCCAUCUUGGAAGCCAAGAUCCAGACUCUGCCCAUCACAUCGUCCGAGGACCUGCCCGCCAAGUUUGACGAGUACGACCGCAAGGUCAAGGCGAUUGAGAAUGUCCGCUCCCUCAAGAAGCGUAUUGCCUCGGUUCACGAUGUCCUCCAGCUCGAGGAGCUGCACGGCCGCAAGCGUGUGCUCCGCCGUCUCGGCUUUGUGACCGCCGACGACGUCGUCGAGAUGAAGGGCCGUGUGGCGUGUGAGAUCUCCACCGGUGACGAGCUCCUCAUUACCGAGCUCAUGUUCGGUGGUGUCUUCAACCCCCUCACUCCCGACCAGUGUGCCGCCCUGCUGUCGUGCUUCGUCCUCCAGGAAAGGUCCGAGGGCAAGGCCAAGAUCAGCGAGGACCUUGCCGGUCCCCUCCGCUCGCUGCAGGAGGCUGCGCGCCGUAUCGCAAAGGUCUCGAACGAGAGCAAGAUCGCCGUCGUCGAGGACGAGUUUGUCCAGAGCUUCCGUGUCGAACUCAUCCCCCUCGUCCUCGCCUGGUGCAAGGGUGCCUCGUUUGCCGAAAUCUCCAAGUUGACAGACCUGUUUGAGGGCUCCACCAUUCGUACCUUCCGUCGUCUGCAGGAGCUCCUCCGCCAGAUGGGCCAGGCCGCCAAGGUCAUUGGCAACACCGACCUGGAGGAGAAGUUUGGCAAGGCGCUCGAACUCCUCGAGCGUCCCGGUACCGUCAUGUUCAACCCCAGUCUGUACCUGUAA